GGGGCAUGCUCCAGCCUUCCGGUUGUACCCGUCAGCUUUACUGUGUUUAUGCAACGGCCCCACAUACAGCCACUGUUAUGAAACUGAGUGCUGCUGGUCACAUGUGAACCGAUGAGGGGGCAGCUGCUGACAGCAUCAUUUUCAAUGGAAACACACUGAAAGGUCCUCAUAAAUUGCCCAUCAUGCAGUUGGAGGCUCAGCUGCGUCUAUGUCAGAGUUGUCUUUGGUGCUGCAGGAGCGGACUGCGCCUGUUCUCCCAAAGCUACGCACACAGAAAAGCUGUGAACUACUACGAUCUCCUGGGAGUUAAAUCUGAUGCGAGCCUGGAGGAAAUUAAAAAUGCAUUUUUCGACAAAUCGAAGAAGCUGCACCCAGACAGCGACCCAUCCAACCCAGCGCUGCACAGCCAGUUUGUGGAGCUGAACGAGGCCUACCGAGUGCUGAGCAGGAACCUGAGCAGGAAGGAGUACGACUUCAAAAUCAGACAUCCAUACAGCGGCAGCGAGGCAUUCAGGUCUGCCUCCAGUCACACCAGCUACAGAGCCAGUACGGACUCCCAGGAGAGCUCGCGUUACUGGGAGCAGUUUCGUCAGUCUAGCGCACACGAGAUGUCAGCGGAGGAGUGGCAGAAGAAGAGGAGGAGGAACUUCCGCCUGAUGAGCUACUGCCUCAUCACCAUGGUGCUCAGUGUCGGAGCCCACGUAAUCUUCUUCAGGAAACUGGAAGAAGUUCACAAUAACUUCAUGGACGAGAAAGAUCGAGUCAUCACAGAAAUUUACAAUCAGUCCAAAGAGCGGGCGAGGGCCAACGGUUUUAAGAAACAGACAGAAAUCCUGCGGCAGAAACAUGCUGAGUUUCUGGAGAAAUACAAGAAGCCCAACGAUGGAGAGGACAAGUAGGGGAGUCUCCAGCUGUGCUCAGUGACGAUGGAGUUUGAACUGGUUGUGGAACUAGUUUUAGGAUUUUAAAGUUUUUGUCUGUGUUUGUCCUCACUUGAAGACGCACAGGGGGGCACAUGGGUGUGAUGAAGGAGGGUUUCUUCUCCUCAUACAAGUGUUUCUUCAUGACCAAGCUUGAACUGUAUCUCAGACUGGACUGGUCUGUUGCAGAAUGUGUGAAGUGAUGUGACAGAAGGAUUCAGCUACUGCAUGGGUUGGGUGAUAUGUUUAAACCUUAAUUCACGGCUCUCAAUCAUUAUUCGGAGGGAGACCUUUUUCACAGCAACAAACAACUGGCGAACAACUGGCGAUGGACUCUGCCAUUUGCGGAUAUAUUUGUAUAAGCCUUCACAAACCUCUCGUAGCCACAAUGAACACUUUCUCUGCCUCAAAUGAACUCACAGCAGAAUGUUUUUUAUUGUCCUCAGCCUCAUUUCUGGCUCACAGAUAACAGUGAGUUAAUGUCAGAUAAAGACAGGUGAGUUGAUCAAGUGAAGAUGACGAGUUUCCAGCCCAGACUUGUAUUGAUUAAAGUCAUAUGUUGGGUUGUCCACAUUGUUCUCUCAGGUCUGAUGAGCCUGUUUGGGGGGUGAAUGAGGCGGCUGCAGUAUAACAACUUAACUUAAGUCAAAAGUUUCAGUAAUAACGGUUUUCCAACCAAAGUGUUCACAGUUGUGGAUCUUACCUGCUCAUUGCUUCAUCUGUUGAGCCUCUGUGUUACUGUAGAAGUGCAAAGUUCCUCCGUUCAGUAGACGUGGAAUCUAUAAAAGAUCAAUAUUAAGACUUGAAAAGAGUGACGCUGAGUAUUUACUGAGACUAUGAAAAUGUGCAAAUUACAGAUGAAGUUCCCCCAGAGCCAACAUUUACCAUUUUGCCUCUCAGUUUUUAGAUAUUAUAGAUUGUUGUCAUUGUUCCUGUAUUGACUGCCUUACUUCUUUUCACAAAGGGAUGUCGGACAGAUUAAAAGAACAACUUUUUCUGAUCAAUCA